AUGAGCUCACGCCAACUCGGUUUCAUGCUUCUUGUCAGCGCAUUUUUCCCAGGGGUAUGCUCAAGAUACAUAAACAAAGAGAAAGAUGAUUUAAAGGAGAUAUGUGGACGACGAGGAGUCCAGGAUACCGUUUCUGAGCGAAUUAUUAAUGGUACCGAGGCCGCUCCUGGCCACUGGCCGUGGAUGGUGGGGCUGUAUACUCCAGAAGGCGAACUCCCUUGUGGUGGCGUUUUAAUAAGCCGCCAGUUUGUUUUAACUGCUGCUCAUUGCUAUUGGAACAAGAUCAAUGCAGGCUAUCUUUCAGUUCGCCUGGGAAGUACGAAAAUAGCGAAAUAUGCAGUACAUUUUCAACGAAAUGAAGGCAAAAAUGUCCACCUGGAUAGAGGUGACACAACAGUUAUCCAUGAUGAUCUGGAAGAUGAAAUCAUUUGCAUGGAAGUGGAUUACGUCUGUAUACCCCUUCAGGACAACUGUACCCUUUUUAUGAAAGACCUUGCACUACUGAAAUUAAAGGAACCGGUCAAUAUUACAGCGUAUAUUCGGCCAAUCUGCCUUCCUGAACACUGCGAAGAACCGCCUUCAAAUACCAGCGUCUAUGGUGCGGGCUGGGGCCUGGUUUAUGAGCCUGUAGAGCCACGGAAUAAAAGCUAUUAUUAUGAGAUAGAUGAAUCAUUACACGAAGCAGACGAAGACGUCAAAGAUUCCGUAGAUUAUGAAAGUUCAGCAGAAGAAACGAACGAUGCGUCAUCAUCGGAAUUGGAGCGCUUUUUGGUACGUUUUGACCCAGAAACCUUGAUGGAAAGGAAUAUAUCCUUAAUAGCUAACGAACAGUGCGAACGACAACUUGCCACAACGGUUCCAAAUUACAUCCUAUGCUCCAAUGGGGGACAAUGUGUGGGAGACAGCGGAGGACCUUUGAUGUACGAAAAAGAAGGACGGUGGUUUCUUGCUGCUAUUAGUUCUGCAGGCGAUAAAAAUUGUUAUAACCCUCAUGGGCCAUCUGUACAUGUUAGGGUGUCGCAUUUUGUUGACACGUUUAUUUUACCCUUCAUGCAGCAAUAUCAGGAUGCGGAAUCAACGAAACAUAACUUAUGUAUGAAGGACGAGGCUCGAAAGGAAUGUGUAACUACAUUUUUUAAGUCUUACAAUGUGACACUGGUUGAUUAAGUAGUAGAUGAAACUAGUGAAAUAAAACGUUAACUGGUUAUCAUAUACUCUUGUCAUGUAUCUUCAAUUCACUUCUAAAAAUAAACCUAAAAAUAAAAAAAAACACUAAACAUCAAAUUUUACUCAAGGGUUGUUGUUGAUAUUGUUAGAACGUUCUUUAUUGCCCUGUCAUAUAUAAUAUGUCUGUAUGUAUACCAUACACACAUAUAAUGCACCAUUGUCGUCUGCAUCGGUGCGAGCCUAAGGAUCCGCCAUUGCCGUCACGCGGUCUGGAUGGGUGUUGGUCCCAGCGUCUUUGGCUGCUGCAAAGUCGUCCGCCGGGGGCGUCGUCGUCGUAGACGAACUCCGCCAGCUUUGUCCACAGCAGGGACUCACGAUCGCCUUGUUACGACUGGUAGGCAGGAUCCAAAUCGACAUACCUCGCCGGAUGGAUCUCGUCUGGGAGUUCCUCCAGUUUCGUUUUCCGAAGGCGAGCGUGGGGCUUGCACUCCCAGACAACAAGUGUGUCGCGAGGCGACGGACGAGGGUCUGAGUGCUCCGCCGUACGUCAUUCGGCAUCGGAGGAACGGGACGCAACUCAUCGUCCGGCGUUCCUCCCGUUCCUCACUGCCGCAGGGUUCUCCGCCUUCGCUGUUUAGCACUUUCCUUGACGGCAGACGGUUCGGCCGGAUUGGCUGCCUCGCCGACUGUGUUGUGGAAUGCGUUCGGUGCGGAUGCCAUCUGGCGAACUGAUGCUCGCGCCUCGCUGUGGGCCUACUCGUUGCCGUCGAUGCCCGCAUGAGCAGGCACCCAGGAAAUAGUAGCUUGGGUGUUGAGCUUGUUUCGAAGUUCCAGGAACGCGGCGAGCGACUCGCCGUCUAUUCCCGUGUACGUUGAGGGACUCCCGCACGCUCGCCUGCAAGUUUCGUACGCGCUGGUCGAGUCGGUGAACAGUAGGAGCCUGUGGGGGAUGUCUGUUGGUGCAAACGUUUCAACAACCCACUGGGAGGCUCGGAGGAGUGCCAUGAGUUCCGCUUGCGUAGUGUCGACGUCUUCAGUGGUCGAAAGUGGAGGCGCGUUCGGAAUGCCAUGGGUGGUGUCGACCCACGCGACCGCCGCGGACGUGCUUGGGGGUUCUGUCCUCUCCUUCGCCGUCGUCGCCGGCAAUCCACAGCAAGGUUUCCGCCAUGUCAGCGUAGAUGAUGGCUUGCGUAUGGGGUGAUUUGUGCGCGACGCCACGUGUGUGCGCUUUGGCAAAGCGUUUGCGUCGCACCGCGUUGCUCGGUCCAGGUCCCAUGUUUCGGGGGAGCGGUUUUCUGUCGGUAAGCGUGACGGGGGCGGCCCCCGGAGGAUGCGAGUGCGCGUCUGCCGGGCGGGCGUCCAGACUGGGAGACACGCGGAGCUUUUCCAAUAUGGAAAGCCCAGCUGUCGAGCUGCUGAGGCGGUCUCUCUAAGCGAGGAGCGCCUGUUCGGCGAGUUCCGACAGGAGGUUAAUGACGCAGUGUGCGUGCAGCUGCCGGAGGGGCGUGUGCUUAGGCAAUCCGGUGACGACGCGGAUGGCUUCGCGAUCGAGUUUCUCGAGUUGCUCCGCCUGCCUGGACGUGAGGACGUGAUAGGUAU